UCAGAAAAAUAUUCCCCACAGUGGUGAAUAUUUCAGUGAAGAAUUUUGUGUGUGGUGUUGGAAGUGGAGAAGAAAUUUGUGAUUUUCAUUGAUAAAAAAGCAAGUGAGGAGGAAACAAUUGAGAUUGCCAGAAAAUAGGCAAAAUCUUCAUCUUGCGAUCCAUCGACCAGCCAAAGCAGGAAGAUGGGUUCCCUCUUUCGAAGCGAAGAAAUGACCUUGUGUCAAUUGUUCCUUCAGAGUGAGGCUGCUUAUGCCUGUGUCUCUGAAUUGGGAGAAUUGGGACUUGUGCAAUUCCGCGAUUUGAACCCAGAUGUGAACGCUUUCCAACGGAAAUUCGUCAAUGAAGUCCGUCGUUGUGAUGAAAUGGAACGGAAAUUGCGGUAUCUCGAGAAGGAGAUUAAGAAGGAUGGAAUUCCCAUGCUGGAUACUGGGGAUAGUCCUGAAGCUCCUCAACCGCGUGAAAUGAUUGAUCUCGAGGCUACUUUUGAGAAACUGGAGAAUGAAUUGCGUGAGGUUAAUCAGAAUGCUGAGGCUCUGAAGAGAAAUUUUCUCGAGUUGACCGAACUCAAGCAUAUCUUGAGGAAGACUCAAGUAUUCUUCGAUGAGGCAGGACCUACCUUUGUCAUGCCUACGAUAAGAUCCCGCUAUAAACAGAUGGCGGAGGCAAAUCGCGAAGAGGAGCAAAUCCAACUGCUUGGAGGUGGAGAAGAGGGUAUUAGAGCUACCCAAGCACAAGGACAAAAUCUCAAACUUGGCUUUGUGGCUGGAGUUAUUUUGAGGGAGAGACUUCCGGCCUUUGAGAGGAUGCUGUGGCGUGCUUGCCGUGGCAACGUCUUCCUGCGUCAGGCUAUGAUUGAGUCUCCACUGGAGGAUCCAUCAAAUGGUGACAAUGUGUACAAGUCGGUGUUCAUCAUCUUCUUCCAAGGAGACCAACUGAAGACACGUGUGAAGAAGAUUUGUGAGGGAUUCAGGGCAACUCUCUAUCCAUGCCCCGAAGCCCCAUCCGAUCGCCGUGAGAUGGCAAUGGGUGUGAUGACACGCAUUGAAGAUUUGAACACUGUUCUGGGCCAGACUCAGGAUCAUCGGCACCGUGUUCUCGUGGCGGCGGCGAAGAAUCUGAAGAAUUGGUUCGUCAAAGUGCGCAAAAUCAAGGCAAUCUAUCACACAUUGAAUUUAUUCAAUCUCGAUGUGACACAGAAGUGUCUAAUUGCUGAAUGUUGGGUGCCAGUGUUGGACAUUGAGACCAUUCAGAUUGCCCUGAGACGAGGGACAGAACGAAGUGGAUCAUCUGUACCGCCAAUUUUGAAUCGAAUGCAAACAUUUGAAAAUCCCCCAACUUACAAUCGAACCAAUAAGUUUACCAAUGCUUUUCAGGCAUUAAUUGAUGCUUAUGGGAUUGCAAGUUACAGGGAAAUGAAUCCGGCUCCUUAUACUAUUAUUACUUUUCCAUUUUUGUUUUCUGUGAUGUUUGGUGAUUUGGGUCAUGGAUCAAUUAUGGCACUUUUUGGGCUUUGGAUGGUGCUCAAGGAGAAACCGCUGGCAGCUAAGAAGAGUGACAAUGAGAUUUGGAAUAUUUUCUUUGGUGGAAGAUACAUUAUUUUCCUAAUGGGAUGCUUUUCAAUGUACACGGGAUUGAUAUACAAUGAUUUAUUCUCUAAAUCAUUGAAUAUUUUUGGGUCUCAUUGGAGAAUUAAUUACAAUACGAGUACCGUGAUGGAGAAUAAGGUGUUACAAUUGGAUCCGGCUGGAGAGGAUUAUCUGCAGUAUCCGUAUCCAUUUGGUAUGGAUCCGGUGUGGCAGGUGGCACCAUUGAAUAAGAUCAUCUUUCAGAAUGCGUACAAGAUGAAAAUUUCGAUAAUUUUUGGUGUUAUUCAUAUGAUUUUUGGCGUUAUUGUUGGUCUGUGCAAUCAUCGGUAUUUCAAGAACAAAAUGGCCAUCUAUUGUGAAUUUAUUCCACAAAUUAUCUUCCUGGUUUUCCUCUUUUUCUACAUGGUUCUCAUGAUGUUUAUCAAAUGGGUGAGAUUUUCGGCGGCCAAUGAGGGUGCUUUUUCGGAAAAUUGUGCCCCAUCCAUUCUCAUAACCUUCAUCAAUAUGGUCCUGAUGAAAUCUGUUGAUUGGGAUCCGGAAAAGGAUAUUUGUUCGCCCUACAUGUUUUCCGGACAGUCAGCUCUGCAGACACUCCUGGUGAUUGUUGCUGUUCUCUGUGUCCCUUGGAUGCUCCUGGCUAAACCCAUUCUCAUUAUGCGUGCUCGCAAGGAAGCCCAUCAUCAGCCAAUUGUUCCCGUUGAGAAUGGUGAUGCAGAAAAUGGGCUAAAUGCCCAAAAUGCCCUUGGGCAGCAUGAAUCCCAAGCAGCAGCAGCUCCAGGGCACGAAGAAGAGGAAGAAAUGUCAGAAAUAUUCAUUCAUCAAGGAAUCCAUACCAUAGAAUAUGUUCUAGGAUCAAUUUCCCAUACAGCUUCCUAUUUGCGUCUCUGGGCACUUUCCCUGGCCCAUGCUCAGCUCUCUGAAGUACUCUGGAAUAUGGUGCUGCAAGUUGGACUGAAGCAGGGAGGAUGGGUUGGAGGAGUUGUUCUAUGGGUGGUUUUUGCCUUCUGGGCCAUCCUCACAGUUGGCAUUCUCGUCCUCAUGGAAGGUCUCUCAGCCUUCCUGCACACUCUCCGUCUGCAUUGGGUGGAGUUUCAGAGCAAAUUCUACUCAGGACUUGGAUAUGCUUUUCAACCGUUCUCCUUUGAGACCAUUGUGGAUGUUUCUGGCACAACAUCUGAUGAAUAAAUCCCCGGAUGAAAAAGAAAAAAUCCCCCAAUAAAAAUUAUAAUCGAAUAGUUGCACUUUAAUCGCUUGAUGUUCUUUGUGGCUCAAAAUAUUCUAGUGGAAAUGAGAGAGAUUAAUGAAAGAGAAAGAUAUACGUAGAGGAGGAUUGUAGGAUGAAUUCCAUGUUAAAAAGAAUAUUAAAUAAAUGUUUCGCUUCAUUCAACUUUA